AUGCGAUUUGUAAAGGUACUCGAGGCAUUUAUGCGGUUUAAUCCGCCUAUGUUUGACGGGAAAGAAGCAGAUCCGUGGGUAUUGGAGACGUGGUUUACAGCGAUGGAGGCAUUAUUCGAGGACAUUUACACUCUGGAAAGGGACAAGGUUCCGUUGGCAGCGCACUGUUUUGAGAAGGAUGCUCAGAUUUGGUGGCAAAAGACCAAGAAGAAGCGGGCAUCACACCUACCACCGCUUACUUGGGAGGAGUUUCAAGAGAUGUUGUUUAUGGAGUACUUUCCCGACAGCGAUAAAAGGAAAAUGAAAGAAGACUUCCGCAAGUUGAGACAGGGAAACCGUUCGGUACGAGAGUACGAACGGGAAUUUACUCAUUUGGUGAAUUGUGUGCCUGGUAUGGUUCAUACGGAUCGAGAUCGGGCGGAGUACUUCGAGCGAGGGUUGCGACCUGACAUAUUCAGGACAGUCAAUGCUCUGAAAUUAAAAACUUUUGAGGAGGUCCUAGAUCGAGCUCUUUGGAUUGAGCGCGGAAAUGCGAUUGCGCGUGAUGAACGCGAAUCGUUUGAAAGAGAUCGAGAAAGAGAAAAAGGAAAGAAAAGGACUACUAGUGGUGCCGGGGGACAGUCGAGCUCUAAACGGCCCCCUCGGUAUCCACGUUCUCAGUCGAGGUAUCAGGGACCCCCGAGGUGUGUGAUUUGUGGCGGGAAUCAUCGACCGUCGGCUUGUUCACAGCGAGAGGGCAAGUGUUACAAGUGUGGGCAGCCGGGGCAUAUGAUUCGUGAUUGCCCGAGGGGAGCAUCAUCUGCACCGUCGACAGCUUCAGUUCAGUCACCCUCCAGACAGCGUUCUGGUUUACCACCUGCUAUGUCAGCUGGACGUUCUUUUGUGCCGCGCCAGUAUGAGCCACCCCGACCUGCACCGAGUACACGGACGGAUGCACCACGACCUACACCGAGUGGUCGUGUAUUUGCAGCCCAGGCAGAGGAGCCGGCCGUAGUUGAUGAUGUCGUGGCAGGUAUCGUUUUACUUUAUGGCACUAGAUCUCGUGCAUUAUUUGACACAGGUGCAUCGCAUUCAUUCAUUAGUAGUUCAUUUGCUAAGACGCAUGACAUUGAGAUUUCGGAUAGUGCUGAUGCCUGGUGGGUAUAUGCCCCUGAGCACAUAUUUAGUGUUCACAAAGUGUGUGUGGCGUGUCCAGUACAGGUUGGUGAUUGGAUUAUGCCAGCAGACUUGCUAGUGCUAAGUCGCAUGAAAGGCUUUGAUGUGAUCCUUGGAAUGGAUUGGCUUGCAAAGUACUAUGCCACGAUUGAUUGUGAAAGUAAGGUAAUUACUUUUCGUGAACCCGGGGAAAAAGAAGUUGUCUAUCGGGCGUGCAAGAGUUCGCUCUUUGCACUGACUGUAUCGUCGACGAGAGCAAGAAAGUUGAUUAGUAGUGGAUGUGCGGCUUAUUUGGCGACUGUAGUGGAGACUCAAAAGGAACUUCCAGCACUGAGUGAUAUUCCAGUGGUUCGAGAGUUUCCUGAUGUGUUUCCUGCGGAUGUAUCACCCUGGGGAGCUCCUGUUUUGUUUGUAAAGAAGAAAGACGGAACACUUCGUCUUUGUGUUGAUUACCGUGAACUGAACAAGAUCACGAUUAAGAAUAAAUAUCCGUUGCCGCGAAUUGAUGACUUAUUUGAUCAAUUACAAGGAUCACGGGUGUAUUCGAAGAUUGAUCUUCAAUCGGGUUACCACCAACUGAAGAUCAAACCAGAAGAUGUGCACAAAACAGCGUUCCGCACUCGUUAUGCAUUCAUGGAUCUGAUGAACAGGAUCUUUAAGCCGCUAUUGGAUCAGUGUGUAGUGGUAUUUAUAGAUGAUAUCCUGAUCUUUUCUCGAAGUAAUGAGGAGCACGAAAAACACUUGAGAACAGUGAUGCAAAUUCUUCGGGAGAAACAGUUAUAUGCCAAAUUGAAGAAAUGUGAAUUUUGGCUGCGGGAGGUCGCAUUUUUGGGGCAUGUGAUUUCUGAGGGUGGUGUAGCUGUUGACCCAAAGAAAGUAGAGGCAAUUAAAGAUUGGCCCCGCCCGACGACUGUUCCCGAGAUCCGUAGUUUCCUUGGAUUAGCAGGGUACUAUAGGCGGUUCGUGGAGGGGUUUGCGAAGAUUACUACUCCAUUAACGCGUCUUACACAUAAAGGAACCAAGUAUGUGUGGAGCGAAGAAUGUGAUCGUAGUUUUCAGGAGUUGAAAGAAAGGUUGACUUCGACUCCUAUUCUUGCCUUGCCGAUUUCGGGGGAGAGUUUUGUGAUCUACAGUGAUGCUUCCUACAGUGGACUUGGAUCACAAGAGCCUGAAGUAUUUAUUCACCCAGAAAGAGCUGAAUAUGCGACAACGCCGGUGGCGAAUGUGGUCGCGGAUGCAUUGAGUAGGAAGUCAGUGGAGAACUUGGCUAUGAUGAUCACGCAUCAACCGUCGUUGCAGAAUGAAAUGCGGCGGUUUGAUCUUGAGGUAGUAGCUCCAGAUGUACCAGCUAUUCUUGCCGCCCUAGUUGUUCAACCGACUUUAUUGGAAAGGAUUAAAGAGCGGCAAUCUUUGGAUCCGAAUCUCCAAAAGGUGCGGUGUGAAGUUGAGAGCGGGCAAGGGGAUGAUUUUACAGUGGGAUCUGACGGUGCACUUCGGUUUCGCAACCGGUUGUGCGUACCUAAAGAUGAGGAGAUUCAGAGGGCUAUACUACAGGAAGCUCAUCAGUCACCUUAUAGUGAUGUUGGGCAGUUUGUAGCGCAGUGUUUGACUUGUCAGCAAGUUAAAGCUGAGCGCAGAUUUCCCGCGGGAAAGUUACAAAGCUUGCCUAUUCCGGUCUGGAAGUGGGAGAACAUUGCGAUGGACUUUAUUAUUGGAUUACCUCGAUCACAGGCUGGACAUGACACUAUUUGGGUGAUUGUUGAUCGACUGACGAAAUCGGCGUAUUUCUUGCCGAUUCAUGCUACGUGGUCAGGGGACAAGUUAGCACAGGUGUACCUCGACGAGAUUGUGAGAUUACACGGAGUCCCGACGUCGAUUGUAUCUGAUCGAGACCCGCGGUUUACAUCUCACUUCUGGAGGAGUUUGCAGGAUGCUCUGGGCACACGUCUUGAUUUUAGUACAGCUUUUCAUCCUCAGACCGAUGGACAGUCUGAGAGGACGAUUCAGAUAUUGGAGGACAUGCUACGGGCGUGUGUGCUUGACUUCAGAGGGAGUUGGCAUGAUUCAUUGGCGAUGGCUGAGUUUGCAUACAAUAAUAGCUACCAAGGAAGCAUCGCAAUGGCACCGUUUGAAGCUCUCUACGGGAGAAAGUGUCGAUCCCCUAUCCAUUGGAGUGAAGUAGGAGAAAGAAUGGUUCUUGGUCCUGAUGUACUCCAGGAGGCGGAGGAAAAGGUACACCUAGUCCGCCAGAGAUUGUUGACUGCUCAGUCACGACAGCAGAGUUAUGCAAAUAAGCGCCGAAAGAACUUGGAAUUUGCGGUUGGCGAUAAGGUGUUUUUGAAAGUGUCGCCAAUGCGCGGGAUAAAGAGAUUUGGAGUUCGAGGAAAGCUUAGUCCUCGAUACAUUGGACCUUAUGAGAUCCUAGAGCGAGUUGGAGCGGUAGCUUAUAGAUUGGCUUUACCGCCGAAGUUUGAAGGAAUACAUAAUGUAUUUCAUGUUUCAAAUCUCCGAAAAUAUGUGCAUCAUUCAGGGCAUGUUAUGGAAUACGAGCCUGUGGAUCUACAAGAGGAUAUGACUUAUGAAGAAUAUCCAGUAUACAUCCUUGAUCGAGAAGUGCGAGAGCUGCGAAAUCGCACUAUCCCCUAUGUGAAAGUACAAUGGAGUAAUCACUCGGGACGAGAGGCUACUUGGGAAUUAGAAGCAGCUAUGCGUGAAUCUUACCCUCAUCUAUUCGACCAGGAGAACUGA